GCCUUUUUAACCAUUUCAGGAUUGAUGAGCGUUAUUUCCCAAGUAGUAAUGUAGUAUGUGAAGUUCAUGCUCUGGUCUUACAGCCUUCGCCACAAUCACCUGUGAUACAGUGGGACAGUCCGAGCUCUCCAUGCGCAAUCCUCCAAAACAGCCUUGAUUCAUGCCUCUUGAAAAGGACCGAGCAAUUCAGUUUAUAACCGCUGCCAUACGCAGUCUGAGGAGAUAAGCGUGAGCUUAUGAACAAGGCUCUAAGGGAAAUCAUCAUCCUAGCCCUAAAACGUGUCGCAAGAGUGGUCGUGUCCAUCUUACCAGAGCCUGCGAUGCCCCGGACAAGGUGGCUCGAGGCCUUACCAGGAGAAAUCCACUACGCAAUUUUUGAUUAUCUUCAGUUUACAACACUGAAGAAUGUAUCAUGCGUGAGCAAAUGCCUAAGAACUAUGGUGCUACCUCUUGUAUUUCGCCAUAUAGUGGUCAAAUUCUCUCAAAGCAGCUUGGACUGCCUCAACGAUCUAGCGGCUUCCAAUUUACGUCAUUUGGUCACCUCUCUAGAAUUCCAGGCUUGCGGAAUCACGAAAGAUGAAGUGCUUCCCGACCGCAGCUCCUAUCUCAGAACCGGAAGCGAAACCGCAGCACGGGAGCCACUUGUCUACCAUGACACCACUCGCCACGGAAAAGAUCGAGCGCAAUGCGUACAAGCAGAUACAGAGCAGGCCAUUUCGUCACUACUAGCUUUGCCUCGCCUGAAAAGAUUGGAAAUCAUGCUUCAUCAACCAGAAAUUUCAGCGGAGUCCUUGGUAGAUGUCCAAGGUCUGUACGCGCUAUGCCAAGACAAGAAAUACAAUGUGACAGGAUUGUGUAUCUUGCUCAGGGGACUCGGCCGCGCCCGGCGGCAGCAAGGGCUCAAUCUAGAGUCCGUCUGUCUGUCUAAUUUGACCUACCCCGCUUUUUCCACCGAUGGACAGCGAGGCGAACUGGCGGAGUGUCUUUGGCGUCUUCUCGACGGUGUACCAUUUUUGGAGCUAACGGGGGAUGGGUUUCCGCUUGAACUUCUGUGCCAUCGCGAUAUUGGUCUUCAAAGACUUGGCUUACAGAAUCUGACUGUAUCGUUUCAGACGCUAAGAGCAUAUCUCCGUACCAACUCUCGUUCGGUUCGUUGGCUAGACAUCGUGGAGGUGGGCCUCACGCAUCUGCCUGAAGGUGGGCUAGGCGCGCUCUCUCUCUCUCGGCUUCUGACUAGAGAGUAGACACCAGGAAGGCUGCUUCGGACCCACCGAUCAAUGCGUGGCUGUUUUCAAUCUAGUUGAACGAGCAUGGUCAAAAGUACGACCACGAAGAUGUGAGUUCAAAUAUGCAGCUAGUAAAGUGUAUUCAAAAAAGUUCCUAGCUUGGACGAUCAUUGUUCGUAAAGCCUUUGAAUACAUUUAUUAGCGAGAGGAUUUCCACCAGGAAGUUCGAUUGAUUAAAGAGUACUGCUACCAUUGCCCUGUCCAAGGUUGCUGGUCAAUAAAUUGCUUCUUCCAAAUCUUUCGUUCAUACAAAGUCUUCUCUGGGCGUGCUUAUUGUGAGAUAUAAAGACACUUGUGUUGAGAUUUCUCAUUUGCACUGACAAGGACAACAUGAG